GCGAGUCGGGCGCCGCCCAGGUGUGCCCGCGGCUCGGGAGGUGGUGGCGGGGCGGCGGCCGCCGUGCACAGGCGGGUGAAGUCGAAAAAUCACCACCCAUGUCAUGGAUUUUAUCUGAUUGUGUAGAUCAGAUUUCCUUAUUCUGGAUAUCAUGGUAACAGUAUAGGAAAUAUGCAUUAUUUCUCAUUUCUGCAAGUAGAAUUCACUGCUGAAGGAAGAAAUUUUUUAAGCUACAGCCAAAUUCAUUUUGGUACCUUUUAUGGAAAUCGUGAUUUUGUUUUUACUUUUUUAUAACCUUUCGCAAAAGGUAUGAACAAGCAAAGAGCACAUCUCAUUAGGCAAGUCCACAUUAAUAAGAAUGCCUAGAAGAGGAUUGAUUCUUCAGACCCGGACCCACUGGCUACUGUUGGGUCUCGCUUUACUCUGCAGUUUAAUAUUAUUUUUGUACCUUCUGGAAUGUGCCCCCCAGACUGAUGGAAAUGCAUCUCUUCCCGGUAUCGUUGGUGAAAAUUAUGGUAAAGAGUAUUAUCAAGCCCUCCUACAGGAGCAAGAAGAACAUUAUCAAACCAGAGCAACCAGUCUGAAACGCCAGAUUGCCCAAUUAAAACAAGAAUUGCAAGAAAUGAGUGAGAAGAUGAGAUCACUGCAAGAGAGAAAGAAUGUAGGGGCUAAUGGCAUAGGCUAUCAAGGCAACAAAGAGCAAGCACCUAGUGAUCUUUUAGAGUUUCUUCAUUCACAAAUUGACAAAGCUGAAGUUAGCAUAGGAGCCAAACUGCCUAGUGAGUAUGGAGUCAUUCCCUUUGAAAGUUUUACCUUAAUGAAAGUAUUCCAGUUGGAAAUGGGUCUCACUCGCCAUCCUGAGGAAAAACCAGUUAGAAAAGAUAAGCGAGAUGAAUUGGUAGAAGUUAUUGAAGCUGGCUUGGAGGUCAUUAAUAAUCCUGAUGAAGACGAUGAACAGGAAGAUGAGGAUGGUCCCCUUGGAGAAAAACUGGUAUUUAAUGAAAAUGACUUCAUAGAAGGUUAUUAUCGCACUGAGAGAGAUAAGGGCACACUGUAUGAACUCUUUUUUAAGAAAGCAGACCUUAUGGAAUAUAAACAUGUGACUCUCUUCCGCCCUUUUGGACCUCUCAUGAAAGUGAAGAGCGAGAUGAUUGACAUUACUAGAUCAAUUAUUAAUAUCAUUGUGCCGCUUGCUGAAAGAACCGAAGCAUUUGCACAGUUUAUGCAGAACUUCAGGGAUGUAUGUAUUCAUCAGGACAAGAGAAUUCAUCUCACAGUGGUGUAUUUUGGUAAAGAAGGACUAUCUAAAGUCAAGUCUAUCCUAGAAUCUGUCACAAGUGAGUCUAAUUUUCACAAUUACACCUUGGUCUCAUUGAAUGAAGAAUUUAAUCGUGGACGAGGACUAAAUGUGGGUGCCCGAGCUUGGGACAAGGGAGAGGUCUUGAUGUUUUUCUGCGAUGUUGAUAUAUAUUUCUCAGCCGAAUUCCUUAACAGCUGCCGGUUAAAUGCUGAGCCAGGUAAGAAGGUGUUUUACCCUGUGGUGUUUAGUCUUUACAACCCUGCCAUUGUUUAUGCCAAUCUGGAUGUGCCCCCGCCUGUGGAACAGCAGCUGGUUCACAAAAAAGAUUCUGGCUUUUGGCGAGAUUUUGGCUUUGGAAUGACUUGUCAGUAUCGAUCAGAUUUCCUGACCAUUGGUGGAUUUGAUAUGGAAGUAAAAGGUUGGGGUGGAGAAGAUGUUCAUCUUUAUCGAAAAUACUUACAUGGUGACCUGAUUGUGAUUCGGACUCCGGUUCCUGGUCUUUUCCACCUCUGGCACGAGAAACGCUGUGCUGAUGAGUUGACCCCCGAGCAGUACCGCAUGUGCAUCCAGUCCAAAGCCAUGAACGAAGCCUCUCACUCGCACCUGGGAAUGCUGGUCUUCAGGGAGGAGAUAGAGGCGCAUCUUCACAAACAGGCAUACAGGACAAAUAGCGAAGCUGUUGGUUAAUGUAAUCAGUGACACGUUAGUCUGAACCACAAACCAGCACUAUUUAUUUAGCCUUAAUUCCAAUUCCAGAUGCAGUGCCUCUUUCAAAGAAGACAUGCUUAUCUUUUGUGUUCUUGCUGACAUUACUUUAGCAAUUUAGUGUGAGAAGAAAAAGCAAGUUUUGCAAUGCAGAGUCUCUGUUUUGUGAGUAUACUUCACUAUGGAAUCAUUGACAAAUCAAAAUCUGCUCUUUGUUCUAAGAGUAGCUUUGAGUUAAUUUUACCCGGCUUCAUGUUCUGAUGUGUAUCCUGGUUGCGUCUGGGCUGAGGGAUGGAAUGUGUUGUGCUGAAGGUGGGUCGGGAGCAUCCUGUUCCCAAAGAGAGGACGGAGUGUUAUGGAUAGAGUGUGUGGAUAAGGGCUCUUCACCUACCGACCACUGAGUCAACCUGCUUGGUUUUAAAUUAAGAUCUUUGGGCAGUUGCUUAAAGAAUCCUUUUUCACUGAAGCAGAGGAUAAUUAAAUGACACAUCUGAAAUCCCCAACUAAUCAAGAGAAGGCAGAGACAAAAAUCCCUCAACUUUGUGUUGCCUAGCCCCCUCAAUGUCUGUUUUUAAACAAAUGGGUAAUAGUAGAAAAUACUAAGGUUAUAAUCUGUGGCUUGAUUAAAAAUAUAAUGUGUUACUAAUUUAGCAUCAUGUUCAGGAUUAGGAGUCAAAGUUGCUGUAGACUGUUUUGAAUAAACAGAAAUAAACAUGGAAACGUCUUUAACAGAACAGUUAAUUAUGCUGGAGUAUAGGACACUAAACUGGUGUCUGGGACAUCAAUUUACAUGAGCCAGGGCCCUAUCAGGGCCUUCUUGUGGUGGCUCAGAAUAGAUGAACAUAGCAUGGUGUCGUGUGUUUUUUGCUUUGUAUUGUCUUAUUUAGCAUGGAUCCAUAUGUGUGUAUUAUCCUUUUUUUCUAAUAUGUUAAUUAAGCUACAUCCGUGUUAUUAUAAUACUUUGAGUUGAGGGGGAGUUUCACUGAAGGAAGAAAAACAAAACAAUUUAAUGAGGUAUACCAUAAGAUCAUAACUGAUUCGAGAAAAGAGGAGGAGGGGAAGGUUGUCUAAAUGGAAAUCUGAAUUACAGAAUAUUUUAGAGAAAUAUAUAACUUGCAGAUAGAAUGAUGUUUUAAUUGAGGUGUAAAUUAUAUUAAUGAGACAAGAUGAAUAAGAAAUUAUAUUCAGAUAUGACUGUACUAUGUUAUUUAUCACACAUGGAUCUUUUACCAUAUGGUCAAUUGCUAGAUCCACAAAUUGGAGAUAUGGUGAAAGGCAUGCAUAGAUUUUUGAACCUUUGGCUUUUAAAAGGGACCUGUAUUGAAUUCUUUCUAUUUGUAUAGAAACCCCUGAAAAUUCAUAGAAGACAAAUCAUUACUCUUUUUGCU